GAUCAUCCAAACUACAAGCAUUCCAAGGUUUGAGUCUGCAAAGAAGAUCGUAAGAAAACGAGCCUGAAGUCUCGAACAAUAUUCCCAAAGGACAAGAUACAUCAGAAUCCUCGAACAUCUGAAUCGGCGCCAAAAUGCGGCUCAUCAAACAGAACAUCGAGAUCAAAGAUGGUUCAGGAAGUGCGACUCUUCUUCCAGAAGAACCUGAAGAUAUGUGGCAUGCGUACAACAUCAUUCGGCCAACCGACCUCCUUCGAGCAUCUGCAGUUCGGAAGAUCAUUACAGAAUCAGACACCGGUAGUCGAUCAAACGAACGGGUCCACAUGAUGUUAACAAUUCGAGUCACGAAAAUGGACUUUGAUCCUCAAGCCGGUCAAUUACACGUCUCAGGACAAGUCUCCGAAGAGAACAAGUUUGUCAAAUUAGGCAGCUUCCACACCCUCGACCUUGAGCUCCAGCGCAACUUCACCCUCGAAAAAGCCGAGGGAUGGGACAGCAUCGCCCUCGAUAUGCUCAAAGAAGCAGUCAAUCAAGAAUCAAAAGCCCAGCUCUGGGCGGUCGUGAUGCAGGAAGGACUCGCCAACAUCUGCCUCAUCACGGAACAUCAAACCAUCCUACGCCAGCGCGUCGAGAUCAGCCUUCCUAAGAAACGCGCUGGGUCCUCCGACCACGAGAAAUCGCUGAAGCGAUUCUUCCAAAUGACCUUCGACUCUCUCCUUCGACAAAUCGACCUGACCGACCCCAAACCCCUGCUCCUCGCCAGCCCAGGCUACACCGCCACGAGUUUCCACUCUUUCAUCAAGACCCAAGCCUCGACCGGAACCAACAAAUCGUUACAGAAACUCGUUCCGAAAAUCACUAUCGCGCACUCCGCCUCUGCGCACUUGCACAGCCUCUCCGAAGUCCUCAGCAGCCCGGCCGUGACGAGCAAACUCAGCGACACGAAAUUCGCGCGCGAGACCUCUCUGAUGGAGAAGUUCUUCGAGAUGAUGCGCAAGGACGAUCCCCGGGCGUGGUACGGUCCGCGGGAAUGCGAAUUGGCGGUGGAGCGAGGUGCGGUGGGCAAGGGGGGUGGAGUGCUGCUCAUCUCGAACGCAUUGUUCCGCAGUCAGGAUAUUGCGACGAGGAGACGAUGGGUGAAGGUGGUGGAUGAUGUCAAGGAGCAGGGAGGUGAGGUGAGGGUUUUGAGCAGCAUGCAUGAGAGCGGGAAGAGGUUGGAGGGUCUUGGUGGGAUUGCGGCGAUCCUUACAUAUCCAAUUGAGGAUCUGGAUGAGGGGCUAGAUGAUGAGGAUCAGGGCGGUGGGAACGUAGCGGGUCAAAUAGAUGCUGCGCAUGGCAUAGAAGGGCGGAGAGAGCAUGAAGACGAGAUCGAUUUCUGAUGAGCUUGAUCGGGCCUAUUCAAUACUCGAGUCUAUCACGCUUGCAUGUUUAAACGUCUAUCGUCAUGAUAACGAUCAAUGAGUCUAUCCCGAGUGCUGCAAUUUCUCCAAGCGAUGUUGCUCCUCCUCGCCGACCUUCUUCACACCUUUCUUCCGUUGCCGCUCCUCAUAUUCCGCCCUUUUGUUCAGAAUCCGCAACACAAUCUGAGCGGCAUUGACAUCUUGAAAUUCAUGCGCAGGUGUCUCCCUGA